AAUUGUUCAGACAAUAAAGAGAUUAAAAAUGCAGGCCAUCAAGGAAAAGUUGCACGACAUGACCGCCGUCCGCAAAGCUAAGAAUGAGGCGAAGGAGGAGGAAAAGGCGGAGAAAGAGUUGGCAAAAGCAAGAGUUGAGGUAGCUCAUGAGGUAAGAAUGGCAAGGGAAGCUGAAGCUGAAAUGGAUCACCAUGUCAGCAAAGCAGUAGAAAAGGCGGCGCUGGUGCAGCACGAGAGGAAGACCCCACUUUUAGGCGGCGUCUCCGGCGGACAGGACGGCUAUGGAGGAGACGGUUACAUGCAGCAGGAACCUCAUUAUUCUCGGAACCUUUCCAAUUCAUCUGCAGGAACUGGAUAUUCAACUGAUAACCUCGCAUACGGCGGCGGCGACGCCUAUUCCUCCGGCCGUGACACUGGCGGCCUUGGCUCUUCCGCCGCCACCGGAGCCGGAAACAUGUCUGGCGGUGCGUCAGCUCACACGAGAGACUUGCAUUAAAGAGUUAAACAAUAUAUAUAUAUAUAUAUAUAUUCCUUUUUUAGUGGUUGAAGAAUAACUGCAUGGAUUUUCCGACAAUUCUUUCGAAUUGUCUGAUUUCAGGCACAUUCCCUUUUCUUUUUUUAGUGGUAAUCUUAUUUGUUCCAGGAUAGGGUGUAGGAAAUGAAACGUGUAAUGCUUAUUGAUUUAGGUUUUACAUACACAGAAUCAGAAUCAGCGUA